GUGCUCCCGCUGUGCACCCUCCGCGGGGCGGCCGGCGACGGGCAGAUGGACCUGGGCGGCCGGGCGCGCUGGAGCUCUCCGCCACAGGCGGUGCCGCUGGUGCGGGUCGCCGGCGUGCACGUGACGGUCGUGGGCGUCGCCGUGGUCGCUUUCAGCGUCAACGCGGACCCGGAGGCCCUGAUCGCACAGGCGGGUGGCUCGGGAUGGCCCUCGGUGGACGAGGUCGUGGCGCCGGUCGCCAGCUGUGCGCUCGCGCCGGAGACGUGCCUGAUGCACUGCGGUGCCGACAGCUGCCAGGAGUUCGGCACGUCAGCGGAGAGGCUUGGCAACUCGCCGCCCGCGGCGCAGCUGGCGUCGUGGAGGGCCGGGCCCGAGGCCACUUCCACAGGGGCCAGCCGCGGCGUCGUAUCCCUCGGCGGCGCUCCGCUGGCUGGCUGCGAGCCCGAGGCGGAGGACUCGCCCCGCGGCCCGCACCCUCCGCUGCGGGCCCCGCCCUCCCCGCCCGGAGCCCUGGCGGCCGCGGCCGAGGCGCCGGCGUGGCCUCGCCGGCAGGCGGCAGCGGCGCCCGGCGGCCGGGAGGGCGGCUACGCCAACUGCGAGGUGCCCAGCUGCAUGCUCGGCGGGGCAGCCGGCGACAGGCUGCCGCGGCGCCUCGAGGCGCAGGCUGCUGCCCUGUCCGCCGCAGAGGCGCCCGCGGCGCCGCGAGCGCUGCACCAG